AUGAGAGAUGGUCACGGGUGUUUCAAAGGAUACCUGCACCGUUUCGGCCAUGCAUCAGACCCUUACUGCGCCCACUGCGAGCCGCAGGUGGUGGAAGAUGCAGAGCACGUCUUUUUGCACUGCGGACGCUUCGUGGGUGAUAGAGAAGAACUAGAAGUCCGCCUUGAGGGGCGUGUCGAGACGGAGUCCGUAGUCGAGCAUAUGAUAAGCUCGAAGGAGAAAUGGGUGGCGGUGAACACGAUGGCAGUGGCAGUAAUGAAGCAGCUAAGAAGAGAAGAGAGAUCACGAAUCCCAGCCAACUCAGAAGAGGGCCGAUAA